GGGGUGACUUCAGGAGUGUUGUUCUGUUGUACAACUCCUUUGCCUUUUCAUGAUGACCGUCACCUAAUCGAAUAUGGCAGACGAUUCCGUUCCACAUGAAGGAUUGACACAUCUCAAAAAGUAUGAUGUCAAGGACAGCAACGUCGAAUUAAUAGGAUCAAAUUUAGAUCAUCAAGUAAAGUACAACUCCGCACAAACAGAACCUGCAUGGAAAAAAGUUGGACAAGAAGCAGGGCUGUUCAUUUGGCGAAUUGAACAAUUUCAAGUCAUACCAUGGCCAAAGGAAAAGUAUGGGAAAUUUCACGAGGGAGACAGUUAUAUCGUGCUACACUCACGGAAAGUCGGACAGGGCGAACAUGAACACCUCGAACAUGAUAUCUUCUUUUGGCUUGGGAAAGACACAUCACAAGAUGAAGCUGGAACAGCUGCUUACAAGACGGUAGAAUUGGAUGAAUAUCUGAGCGGGAAGGCGAGUCAACAUAGGGAACUACAGGAUAAUCCAUCGGCUGAAUUCUUAAGCUUGUUUCCCCGCAUUACCAUCUUGCAUGGCGGAGUGGCUACAGGAUUCCGACAUGUGGAAGAACAGAAGCCAGAAGAAACGCUCAUCUUAUACCAAAUCACAAAAGCCAUUCCCGCUCAAGGAUCCAACACACCUUCUGCCAAAACCAGCACCUUGGUCAAACAGGUCGAACCAACAUUCGCAAGCCUUGUGGAGGACGAUUGUUUCAUACUGGAUCGAGGUACAAAGGUGAUUGUAUGGCAAGGCAAAAAAGCAUCUCCGAUCGAAAAAGCAAAAGCUGCACAAGUUGCUCAUGAUUUGACGCUAUCAAGACAAGCCUCUACAGAGGUGCUAGCCCAAGGUGACUCGAGAUCAUUCGCAUUCUUAGAACCACUUGGCGGUAAAUCUACGGACCCAAUCCCAUCCAGUGCAGAUCGUCCCGCAAGCGUUCCCGCAGGAAGAAGACCUAAGCGACUCUUUAAACUCAGUGAUGCCUCUGGACAAUUACGGUUUGAUCUUGUUAGAGAAGGACAAGCUUCUCAAUCCGAUUUCGAUAGUCAGGAUGUCUUUCUACUCGAUACUGGCGUUCAUAUUUGGGUAUGGCAAGGAAGUGGAGCCAGUGCAGGCGAAAAGUCGUCUUGGCUUAAAGUCAUUUAUGCAUAUAUUCAUUCCUUUGAUCCAUCUGAUAGCCAACCGCAUCUUUCGCCCGUUGCCAAGGUAAACGAAGGCAGCGAGAAUGCGGCUUUCAAAGCAGCUCUUGCAGCAUGAGCGUUGGAUGGUGUUGUAUCAUACAGUCACAAGACGGCAGAUUUCGCCGUGCUGCCAUGAUUGAAGAUAAUAGACUUUCUACAGAACAAAGGCGGAGAUGAUUUGUCUAAUUUGCUGAAUUAUGUCUGACGGGAUAGCCCCGUCUCAAUUCAGCAAAUGAGUUCUU